AGCUUUUCAAAAACCAGUUCCUCCUUUGGAAGAAGCCCUCAAACAAAUUCAGGAAUCCAACUUAAAAUCAGAAGUAAACCUUCCCUCUUCCCAUAGACCAACAGUAAAUUGGAGAUCCAUUCCUGCCUGUCCAGCUGUUCCCACACCUUAUCCCUGCUUACCUGUUCAGCUGUCUCCUGUGCGGGCCCCACUGCUAUCCCACCGUUCCCAGAUCCUCCCUAGCUGUCCCACUGUUUCUACCCCCCACCAGCCCCAAGCCCUGCCUGUCCGCCUGGCUGUCCCCUCUGUUCCUCCGAAGACCUUUUUACCAGCCCCAAUACUGUCCUCCCCGGUCACGUAUCUUCCUCACCCCCCAGCCCCAGUAACCACCAGCUUUUCUAGCAGCUUCCCCCGUCUACCAGCCCCAAUGCCUUCUGGCCAACCUGACCGUGUGCCCCACCCACCCCGAAGUUCUGUGGUCAUCCCUGAUCCUGACUCACAAGGCCAGUUAUUCUACAAAACUUUCAGACCCAGACAUUGCCCCCCACGGCAUUGUACUCCAGCCACUCUAAUGCCUGCCCUUGUUCGUCGUUCCCUUCCAGCUCGACUGGUUGUAUCCCCAGUCCCCAUGGAAGCUCUCCCUGCUUUGAAGCCUUCCUGUUUACCCAGUCACCUCCCUCAUCAGCCAGCCCCCACUCUCCCUGAUACCAGUCUGGUGCCUGCACAUCCCACUAUCUUAGAUCCUUUCCAGUCAGCCCAGCGGUCUGUUCCACAAACCACAACAUUGUCAGAUCUGUCCCAGGCCUUUGUAGACCAUCCUCUGGCCUCAGUCCCCUGCCAUCUGCCUCCCUGUCACUCUCCCUGCUCCUCUUUGUCUCCAUCACCUUCCACUUCCACAUCCUCUCCAUCCAUUCUGUCCUCUCCCUUCCUCUCCUCUCCCACUUCUCCAUCCUUACCCCCUUCAUCCACCCCUCUUUUUUCCUCACCUCUGCAUUCAGCUCCCUCACCAUAUUUGCCUCCAACAUGUUUAAAUUUUCCCUUUCCAGCCUGUCCUGUUUCUUCCUCCUUUCCCCCCGUGCUUUACUCUCCUUCUCUUCCUGCCUCCCCAUCUCCUUUUAUUCCUGUUCAUCCCCUCAACCCUCCUCCCUGGGGGAAGAAAGUAGAGAAGAGAAGAGAAGCAAGUGGAAUAGAGAAGAAAGAAAUAGAGAAGAAAAAGUUGAGAGACGUCAACUUUAAAGAGCUAUAGAUAAUGCCUUGCCUUCAUCAUUGUCAAAAAAUGGUCACAAGCAUCAGAAACAUCUCUUAUCCAAAAUCAGUUGUGAUAAAGAAAUGAAGGAAAACAACAGGGCAAACUUGGCUACUAACAAAGAUGCGUUCCAGCUUAAACUGGAAGAAACUCAGAAACUCCUAGAAGAUCAGCAUCUAAGCAGUUUGCAAAAAUUUUGUGAUGAAGUUAAUCAAAUAACAAACUCUGAAACCCUCUCAAGUAUAGACAGUCUCGAGGCUGGGGAACAUGAAGAAAUAUAUUUAACAAUUAACAAGGAGCUUUCCACAUCAAACCAGCAAAAUUCUGUUUCUCUCAAAUCAGUAAAUCUACAAUCAACAAAUCUAAGCUGCUUUGAUGAAGAUACACUGUCACUCUCUAAAACUCAACAUAUAAAUAAUUGGCUCAUAAAUGUACAUGAUCCAGAUACUCGGACUGUCACUCCUCUCUCAGAUAUUUUAAGUAAACCUAAUGUUCUAUCUUCUUGUGAACGUUUUAACGGUACAGAACAAAAUCCACCUGUGGAAAGAGUCGCAAAUAAUGCUAAUAAUUCAGUAACCUUUGUGUAUAGUCCUCCCGUAUGUGUACAAGAUGGAAAAAACAAAGAGGUCUCCAAAACCAGCGCUGUGAGAACAACUCAGUCCUCUACUGGAGUGUUCAGAAGAGAGAGACCCUCUGUUACUGAGAGCCCGGCAUUUAAGUUCAGCAGGUUCUCUAACCGCACCACUCCAGACUCCCUAACACAGGAAACGGCUGCAACUACAGACCAAGGGAAAAAUUCCGAAUUAAUACAGGAAAAUAGAACUACUUCAGUUCCUACUUCAUUUGUACCCACGGCGACACCUUUGUUUUUGCCUAAUAUGCAAUCAGCUAGGCCCCUACCAAACAGCAGCCUACAUAUAAAAGAAAUCGACCCAGUGCAGUGUUCUGAUAAGUUAGGAGAAUUGAAAAAUGUAACAGAUGAGAAGAUAAAAUAUUUUAAUUGUAAUAAGGAAGACUGGCCUUUAUUUUCAGAUGAUUUUCAAGUUGCCUAUAUACCUCACAAGUCUGAUUCAAAAGAUAGAAAACAAAAAAUAGCGGAAACAUCAACAUCAGUGUCUGACGUAGUCUCUAACUGCGACUUAGUCGCUCAGCACAAGAAAAUGAAAUACACCAUUCAUGAGAGAAACGGUGUAAGGUUUCUUAAAAGUAUUUUAAAAAAAGAAUCUAAAUACGAACACGAUUGUUUUAAGGCACUAGUUAUAAACCGAAGCUUCAAGUUCGGAAAUCAAAGAGCAGCAGCUAUCAGAGAUAGUAUUGAAUUAACAAAAGAAAAAGGUACAGAAAUACCAAAGACUAUUAAAAAACUGAGGUGGUUUGAUGAAACUGGAGAUACAGAAAAAACUGCUGCGGAUACUCAUUCACUGAAGAAGAGAACAGAACUAUCUCAACAGUGGUCUCAACCAUUCCACGUUCAGCCUAAAAGUGGUGCUGCCAGCAACAUCAUUAACGCUCCUGCCUGUCCUGUGAAUUCUGCUGAGGGAACAAAGCCCACGGAGGGCUCUAUCUCUGAAAAUGCCGCUGCUUUAGGAGAACCUGGAACAGACCGUGUGCCUCGGAGCUGUCUCAUACCUUCAGGUUAUGAUGUUGCUAAACAAGCGUGGCCAGCCUCAGAAAAAGAGGAAAGCCAAGCCCCUAUACCUAGUGGUAAUUCUAAAGCUCAGAAAGCUCACCCACGAAGAGGUGGCGCAAAAGUCAUGAGGAGAACAAGAUGUGCUCAAGCCCAGGCACACUCUGCGUGUACCAGCAGAAAAGGCACUGUCGUUCGGCCACAGUCCGCAAGCAAAGCUGACGUAUUUUUACCAGCUCGGGGUAGACUGACUGUGCCUCAUCCUCCCCCUAAGUCUCCGUCGCAUAUGAGGGGUGGUAAAGAUACACAGGUGUCUCAGUGUCCAUCAGUAACACUUGAAAAUUCUCAAAACGUCAUGACACAAAACUAUGUUAAUUCACAACCUGUGCUUCCAACAGAACACAGGUUAAAUGAAUGGAAUCAAGAAAGUAGUUUUCCGCCCUCAGAUGUUUGCUCUGAAUUAGCCACUACGAUGCCUUCUCUGCCAUACUGUUCUCCUGAGUGCCGAACUUUAGCAAAAAUACAUCUUUCAAACGGCACGCAAACGGUUGCCCAGCAAGGUGGGGUGUUUCACUGCACCCACAGAUGUCCUGUUUAUGAAGAAAGUCAUCACACUGUGACUCUUAGAACUACUAAAGAAGAAUCUGUUCCCUUGUGGAAAAGACGAAAUAAUAUCCUGGGUCAAAAUGAAAAGGCUGCUGAUUCUACUGUUUUAAGAAGAAAACGAAUUGCUGAAAAUAAGCAGAGGCGUCUUUUAGAACAGAAAAGACAAAAUUCUGGAUCUGUGGGACAGAAGUACAAUGAGCAAAUGAAUAAUUUUGGACAAAGUGUCCAGCUAAGUUCAAGGGAGCCAAAACAAACAACAAGGGGUACUUCUGAUGUUGAAGAAGUUUCAGAUAGUACUUCUGAGUUUUUGAUGGCUGAAAACCUAGUGAAAGCUUCAGUGCCUGAGGAUGAAAUUCUCACUGUCAUAAAUAGCAAGCAGCUACAGAAACCAAAUCUGACUUCAAAUAAGACCCCGCCGUUCAACAUCUGUGCACUGUCAGCUGAUGAACAGAAGAUCCUACAGUCCCUCAGUCGUCUCAAUGAGAGGCUGUCCUAUGUACAAGAAACCAUUUGCAAAAAUCCAUCCAUCAAAAAUACCUUACAAAUAAUACCAUUUCUGAACAGCCAGCCAAGGACCAGUCUAUCUCCUGAUGUUGGAUCCAGAGUGCAGAGAAAAUACUGAUGAAGAAUAACAGUAACUAUUAAAUGGAAUCAUUAUUUUUGAUAAUCUCCUGUAAAUAUAUCCUAGAUUUCUGCAUUUGUUAAUAAUUUAAAAUACUAUAACCAUAAAAUAAAGGUAAAUCAUAACAUGGGUAAUGGAGAUAAAUUGACUAGUUUACAUUUAUGCUACAAGUUUAUUAUGUAUUUUAUUGAUACAUUUUUAGUGAAUGGAAAUGCUUCAUUGUUUUUAAUGGGCAUGCUUCUGAAAAUAAAUUCAUUAUAUUUAAAAAUA